GCCGCGAGCUCUGCCACAACAGAUGGACCCCUCGCGCUCUCCUCCUCCUCAGACCAGCUUCUGGAUGCACGCGCCCCAGUGAUCGUUGCCAACGGCAGGAGAGCGAGACCAAGGAGUUUAACGUUAACGGACAGUUCAGACUCAACGGAAAAAAAGGAGGACAAGGAAGAGGUGGUGGAGGAGGAGGAGAACCGGAGAGCCUGCGUCCCCGGUUUUGGUAAGCCGAGAGAAGAGCUCCUAAACUCGGCAGGAAUGAGACAGGAGCGGCGUUGUAGCUAACUCCCUCGCUCUGGUGACUGAACACGAUCACAAAGUCGUCACUACGCCCCUCUCAUGCUUACUGAGAAUGGAUGAUAUACAAGACGGGGUUCAGAUUGGAGAGAACAAGUUCAUCAGCAAGGCAACCAUCCUCGCACAUCUUAAGACAUACAACCUCUACUAUGAAGGACAGAACCUACAGCUCAGGAACAGAGAGGAAGAGGGGGAGCUAAUCGUCGAAGGCCUGCUGAAUAUCUUCUGGGGCCUGCGUCGACCAAUCAGGCUUCAGAUGCAGGAUGACCACGAGCGAAUUCGACCGCCGCCUUCCUCUACAUCCUGGCACUCAGGUUGUAAUCUGGACAGUCAAGGUUCCCCAAACAGCACAGACGGUCAACAGACGACUCAGCAGCAGAGUCCGCCCACAGUGGAAGUGACGCCACCCGACAACGGCGUGAUGGAAGAACAGGCAGAAGAGGACAGUGAGAGCUCGGCUCAGCUCCUCAGGACGAAGAGUGAUGCCGGGGUUUUAAGACGGGGCCAGCGACGGUCACCAAGCGACCAGAGGAAGAUACGACGACAUCGCUUCUCCAUCAAUGGACAUUUCUACAACCAUAAGACAGCUGUUUUCACUCCCGCUUACGGCUCAGUGACUAAUGUUCGGAUCAACAGCUGCAUGAGAACUCCUCAGGUGCUGCGAGUUCUUCUCAACAAGUUUAAAAUUGAAAACAGCCCGGAUGAUUUUGCACUCUACCUUGUCCAUGCAAGUGGAGAGCGUGUGAAACUGAAGAGGAGCGACUAUCCUCUGGUGCUGAGAAUAAUGCAGGGUCCCUGUGAGCAAGUCUGCAAAGUCUUCCUCAUGGAGGAGGACCUGGGAGAGGAAGUCACAUAUGAUGUGGCGCAGUAUAUCAAGUUUGAGAUGCCCGUCCUGAAGAGCUUCAUCACCAAGCUGAAGGAAGAGGAGGACAGAGAGGUGCAGAAACUCAGGAAAAGGUAUAACUUCCUGCGGUCAAUAAUAGAGAAGCAGCUCGGCUGUCUUCCAGAGGGGGCAGCGUGUAUGUGAUCCACUCCAGGAAGAGGAUUCCCUCCACCAAACGUCAAACUGUCAAAACCAUUCCCAGAGUACUAUAACCUCCAUCCAUUUGUGAAAAAGAAAGCAACCGAGAAUCAGCUGACAAGGAACCCGUGUAUGUGUUUCAGCGACUAUCUUGACUUUAUACUUGACAAACCAUCCAGGCAACUUACAGACAAAACUUUAACAUGUCACACUGUGUGCAUGUUGAGUCCGACCAUCUCAGCGACAGUCUUACCCUGACGACUAAAAUGACGUUCUUUAUUCUGGCACAUCUGCCUCUCUCUCUCUCUCUCUCUCUCUCUCUCUCUCUCUCCCUCCUCAUCUUUUUUCUGCUUCUCUCUUUCACCAUGUACAGUAAACACAGAAAGACAUUCAUUCCUCUUCUGUUGAGUAAUUCUGACCUUUUUGCGGUGCUGCGCAGAAUGAGCCUAAAAUGUGAUGUCCUGUCUUGUGUUGACCCUCCAGAUUGAGAGCAGAUACUUAAAGUCAAUUAAAAAGCACAAACGCAAUGUGAUACGGUCUUAGUAAAGUGCCUGUUAAAAGGUUUCUUCAAGCACAAAGACACAAAAAACGAUCACAUUUUUGAAAGUUUUUACUGUGUAGAAAAUUCUAAACCUCGAGCACAAUGGCUUUAAAAGCUCCCACAAUGCACUGGGUGCCUUUAUGGUCCCCGCUGUUUGAAAAUUAGUUUAAUAUUUUAAUUGAAGGAACUAAAUUGACCCCCUCCACAUUGUUGCAGCUGAGAGGUUCACUGCAGAGAUUAUUGAAGACCAUUUAUGUUGUUACCAUCAGUCUGUUUGGUUGACAAAUGUCUCAGAUACUGUUUUCUGUUGGCAAACUGAAUGUUAAAGACAUUUUAUGAUUGAAGUUCAACAUUUUGGGAAAUACACUUAUUCACAUUCUUGCCAAGAGUUAAAUGAUACCACACUCAGGUUUGUAUGAUAGAUAUGAAAUACGUAAUGAGGAGGAAAAAGAAAGACUAGGACAGCACUCCAAAUUUUGCACAACAGGUCUAUCCCAUCAGAGGGAGCCACAAUCACAUGAUGUAGGUUACUAAAACAUAAAACAAUUUAUAAAGUAAUAAACUGAGGAUUAAAAAACAAACAAAAACAACACAAACCUUGAUGUCAACUCCAGACUUAAUCAUAGAAUAACAGUGUAUACAGUUAUGACAAGGAAUGAGACCUUUUAGGCAAAUCUGACUCCACUUGGAGAUCACCUCCACCUCUUAUAAAACACAUCUAGGCGGAGUUUGAAAUGCACUUGAUAUUUAAUUAGAUAUAGAUACCCAAUAAAGACUUGCAUAAAGCUUAAAGACUGGAAACAGUUACCCUGACUCUGUCCAGAGACAACAAAAUCUGCCCACCAGCGCCACUGAAGCUCACAGAUUAACAUGUUAUGUCUUGUUUGUUUAAUCUGUCAAAAAAAACGAAUUAUUAUGGGUUUAUGAGCCAGACUGUUUCUCGGCUUGGCGAGGUAACUUCCUUGAGUCUUGUCGUCUCUGGGUGGUUUCCAGCAGAGACUCUAACAAGUGGAUUUUGUGACCUUUAGACCGAUCUGGGCUCACUGUUUCCAGUCUUUGUGCUAAGAUAAGCUAACGUACAAACAUUAGAGUGGUAUUGAUCUUCUCAUCUAACUCUCUGCAAGAAAUGACAAAAUACUGAACUAUUCCUUUAAAAGAAAAAAAAAUCUACCACAAAACAAUCCAACACCUUUGAGCCAUUGUGGUUUUCUUGUGUAUCAUCGUAUUUCCUGUCCUGUGCAGUAUUCGCCUUAUUAAGAUGACAAGAUGUCAUGUUGAGAUUUUAAAAGCACAGUAAAAUACUGUUCGAUAGAUGAUCAACAUCCUUCACACAGUGACUCCUGAUAUGUGUCGGACGUUAUACUGAUUGUACAAAAAUGUAACAAUAUUCACAUUAGUUGUUUUGGGGUUUUUUUUCUUCUUCUUCUUUUCUUAUAAAUGACGCAAAAAGCACAACACAUGAGUGAAAUCCCACAAGACUGUGAAUUAUGCUGAUGGUUGAUCUUUGAUAGAAGAAUGUUGUAAAUGUGUGAACGAGCGUUUCAGAGCAGCACAGUUUUGCCUCCACGUGUACAGCGCUUCGCGAUACGUCUGCUUGUGUCUGUGUGCGUACAGUUCAACGUGUCCAUCGCCGUACAGCCCACACCGAACUGAGUGUAUGUGACUCUUGAGAGUGUGCAUGUUAUAUUUUCAGUGACUCUUGAGACUUGCCUGCUUUUGUAUGGUUUCUUAUACAAAAUAAUGAAUGAAUUUUAGUCUUUGAGAUGUUAAGAACUGAUGUUACCACUUGGAAAAUGUAGUUUUUUUUUUCGUACGAUGAUUGUUAUUUAAUAAAAAUGUUAUC